ACCAUUCAAAGGGACAUAAGCUUGCCAGCAGCACCAACAACCAUGAAGUGCAAUCUAUUGGUUGUGAUCUGGGUUCUUACCCUCAUUAAAGACUCAUCUGGCAGUGACUAUUCCAUGAACACUUUUGAUCUGAGUCAGGAUGCCCUCACCCAAGUGUUCAAGCGUUCAAUCCAAGAUGUCUCUAAACCACGAGAUAAUCAUCAUACCUGCAAAACAUGGGGAACAGGGUCUUUCAAGGCAUUUAACAAUGAAGCUUUCUACUUUAAAUCAACCUGUGACUUCUUCAUGAGCAGGCUAUGCAAGGAAGGGCUUGAUGAUUAUGAGGUGAAAAUCCGCCGUGGAUCAUCUGGAGACCUGGAGAAUAUAUUCAUUAAAAUUGAUACCAAUACGAUUGUUGUGACUAAUGGAGUAAUUAAGGUUAAAAACCAAAUAGUAACUUUGCCAUUUGACAACAAGAUGAUCAAUAUUCAUAGCAAUGGAGUUAAUAUUAAAUUUUCAAACAAGAAGCAUUCAAUUUCCCUCAUCUGGAACGGUAACAAUACAUUAUCGCUAAAACUGCACCCUAGGUACAGUGGACAUGUCUGUGGACUUUGUGGAAAAUUUGCAAAGAUGAGAAAUAAAAUAAAUAAAAAUCUGAAAUUUAAACCGGUGACACCUAUCUCUCUUCGUGGUAACUCUAUUACACCUGGUAAUUGUCCAAUCAGCAUACCUGUACUUACGAAUAUCCAAUUUUUCCAGGCUUGCAGAGAGACCUUCAGACGUCUUUUAGGUUGUAAGGAUACUGAAACCUUCUUUAGAUUGUGUGCAAUGGACACCAGUGCUUUCCCCAAUAAAAAUCAAGGUCACUGCCCGAGUAUAAAAGAAUUUGCACGACAUUGCCAAAUUCAGGAGAAUUGGAGAAAGAUCUCAGGAUGCGAGAAACCUGAAUGCCCUAGGAAUCAGAUCUACAGUGAUUUUGGUCAAUCAUUUAUUCCAACUUGUACUGAUCCAGAUCCUCAACAGAAAGAUGCUCUUGAAAAUACUUGUGAAUGUCCAAAAGGCACUCUUCUUGAUAACAUAAGACAUGAGAACAAAUGCAUCAGAAAAUCAGAGUGUCCUUGUGAAUACAGUGGAACCAUUUAUGAUGCAGGAGGCAAAAGGAACACUUCAUGUGAAACAUGUGUUUGCAAAGGAGGACUAUGGGAAUGUUCUCAUCAUAAUUGUUCCAGAAGUUGCAAAGUGGAAGAAGGAACACAUAUUACAACAUUUGAUGGGAAAUACUAUAAUUUGAGAGGAGAUUGCACAUACAUUGCAGUUUCAACUCUUGAGGAGGAUCUCUGGAAAGUGAUCAUUGAGAUGCGUGAAUGUCACAAAGCAACUAAACAUAUUUGCUUACGCCGUAUUAUAUUUUCCUCACGUGAGACCAAAUAUGAAUUCAAUAAUAAUGGUGACGUUACCUUGAAUGGAGAAAUUGUUGUACUUCCAUUGCAAAGGGAUGGAAUUAUAAUAUUUAAACCAUCUUCACAUUUUAUUCAACUUGAAACAACACACGGGUUGAAAAUGCAGAUACAGAUUUCUCCCAUUAUGCAGCUUUACGUUUCGUUGUUGGAUGGUAAUAAACGAAGUUUAGGAGGCUUGUGUGGCAAUUUUAAUGGCAAGGCUAAUGAUGACUUCACCUCUGUACAGAAUGUGGUGGAACCAUCACAUGUCAAUUUUGCUCAUUCAUGGGUUGCUGACGUUAAAUGCAGCCCUCCUGAAAAGGAAAGUCCAACUUGUGUCAGUUCAGAAAAAGAAUUCUAUGCAAAGGAACGUUGUGCUCUACUGAAAAAAAAUGGUGUUUUUGCUCGAUGUCAUUCCACAGUGGAUUACAUUCAAUAUUAUCAGAUGUGCAAGAUUUCCAUAUGCAACUGCGAGAAUCUUGAUCAUUGCAUCUGUGCUGCACUGGGGGCUUAUGUUCAUGCAUGUGCUGCAAGAGGUGUCAUACUGAAGGGUUGGAGUGGAACAAUUUGCAAUACAACCUGUAAGAACAACCAAAUUUUUGACAAUGAAAUGACAACCUGUAACCGGAACUGUAAAUUAUUACCCAACACUGAUUUCACCUGUGGCGUGAAGGAUACUCCAGUUUAUGGCUGUGGCUGCCCAGAGGGCAAAUAUAUGAAUGAAAAUGGAGCCUGUGUUAAUGCUGAAGACUGCUCGUGUUACCACAAGGGGAUUUAUAUUCAACCCGGAGAGAAAGUUGAUGAUUGCUAUUGCCAAGGGGGAUCAAUUGAUUGCAAUCCAGUUACUAAAGCCACGACUACACCCACAGUAUGCACAGGCGAAAAGGAACUUAUUCGUUGUUCCCCUACUGAAAAUCAGAUUCACUGUGGAAAGAAAUGCAGUAACCUGGCAUUAAACUGUCCAAACGAAUGUGUACCUGGAUGUUUUUGUCCUGAAGGUAAAGCUGAGGAUGACAGUGGAAAUUGCGUUUUGACUGAAAAUUGUCCUUGUUUAUACGAAGGGAGUAGUUAUGCCAUAGGAACAGAAAUCCAACUUGAUUGCAGCCAGUGCGAAUGCCAAGGUGGUUCAUGGAGCUGCACUGAUAAGCCAUGCACAAAGACCUGUCAAGUUUAUGGUGAAGGUCAUUACAUAACAUUUGAUGAUUUUCGAUUCACAUACGAGGGUAAUUGUGAAUAUAUAUUUGUUCAGGACCAUUGCAAAGGAGAACGUGGUACAUUUCAAGUGCUCAUAGAAAAUGUUCCUUGCUGUGAAAAUGGAGUGACAUGUUCAAGAAAUAUUAAGAUUAUUUUUGAGGGAAAAGAAAUAAUUUUGGAAGAUGGGAAAGUAAAAGAGUCUGAUGAAAAUUCUAAUUCAAGUUGUACAGUUGAUGCUUAUUCACUUCACACUAUUGGGCUUUAUUUAAGCCUGACAUUUUCCAAUGGUAUUACUAUGAUUUGGGACAAGCACACAAGGUUCUCAGUCACACUUGAUCAACGCUGGAAGGAUAAAGUGUGUGGUCUCUGUGGAAACUUCAAUGAUAACACUGAAGAUGAUCUUACAACAAGAUCUAACUCUCUGGCAAGCAAUUCCAUUGAGUUUGGGAACAGUUGGAAGUCUACAGAUUCCUGCCCAAAUUCAGUAAAUCAAACAUUCCCCUGUGAAGAAAAUCCAUUCUGUUCACCCUGGGCAGCAAAGAAAUGUUCCAUAGUUACUAAUCCAAAUGGAGAGUUUCAGCAAUGUCACAAUAAGGUUGACCCUAACCCAUACUAUGAAGCUUGUCUCCAAGAAGCUUGUGCUUGCGAUAAAGAGGGGAAGUACCUGGGUUUCUGUACUGCUGUAGCAGUGUAUGCAGAGGCUUGUAAUAAAGCUGGUGUUUGUAUUCGCUGGAGAACUCCUGAACGAUGUCCUGUUUACUGUGACUAUUAUAAUGACGACAAUGAAUGUAGCUGGCACUACAAGCCAUGUGGAACAUUGACAGCUAAAACAUGUUCGAAUCAUACAAUUAAAAAAAAGCUCUCUGCAGUUAUUGAAGGCUGCUAUCCAAAGUGCCCAGAGACGGCUCCUUAUUUGGAUGAAAAUAUCAUGAAAUGUGUUAGUCGCCAUCAGUGUACCUGUCUUUACAAUGGGCAAAUAUAUAAUGCAAAUGAAAACAUAAUUGGCUGCGGAAACUGUGAAUGCACUGAUGGAAGAGUCAUAUGUGAAGGUACAUCAACCCCUACAGCACCUACAACUACAAUUUCUACCACAACAGAAAGUACAACUGUGACAAGUUCAACGACUACGUCGACAACAUCACCAACUACAACAUCAACAUCAUCACCAACUACAACAUCUUCAACCACAACAUCAACAACUUCAACCACAACAUCAACAACAUCACCAACCACAACAUCACCAACUACAACAUCAACAACCACAACCUCAACAUCAUCACCAACUACAACAUUGACAACCACAACAUCUCCAACCACAACAUCAACAACAUCACCAACCACAACAUCACCAACUACAACAUCAACAACCAUAACAUCAACAUCAUCACCAACUACAACAUUGACAACCACAACGUUGACAACCACAACAUCUCCAACCACAACCACAACAUCACCAACCACAACAUCAACAACCACAACAUCAACAUCAUCACCAACUACAACAUUGACAACCACAACAUCAACAACAUCACCAACUACAACAUCACCAACUACAACAUCAACAUCAACAACCACAACAUCAACAACAUCACCAACUACAACAUUGACAACUACAACAUCUCCAACCACAACAUCAACAACAUCACCAACCACAACAUCAACAACCACAACAUCAACAUCAUCACCAACUACAACAUUGACAACCACAACAUCAACAACAUCACCAACCACAACUUCACCAACUACAACAUCAACAUCUCCAACCACAACAUCAACAACAUCACCAACCACAACAUCAACAACCACAACAUCAACAUCAACAUCAUCACCAACUACAACAUUGACAACAUCAACAUCACCAACCACAACAUCAACAUCAUCACCAACUACAACAUUGACAACCACAACAUCAACAACAUCACCAACCACAACUUCACCAACUACUACAACACAACAUCAACAACCACAACAUCCACAACAUCAACAACCACAACAUCAACAUCAACAUCAUCACCAACUACAACAUUGACAACAUCAACAUCACCAACCACAACAUCAACAUCAUCACCAACUACAACAUUGACAACCACAACAUCUCCAACCACAACACUAACAACCACAACAACAACAACAACAACAUCACCAACCACAACGUCACCAA